AUGAAAGAAAGAAGAAACAUAUUAAUUGGUGCAACAGGAAGUGUUGCAGCAAUUAAGGUUGGCGAAUUUGUAGAGAGAUUGAAAGAAAUUAACAUUGACAAUAUUGAAAUAGAGAUUAAAAUAGUUGCAACUGAAUCAGCAAAAAACUUUUUUAAUGAUUCGGUUACGGAUUUAAUGCUCAAGUGUGAAGACGAAUUCAGUAACUGGAGAGCUAUAGGAGAUGAUAUUCUUCAUAUAUCUCUCAGGCAAUGGGCUGACCUGUACAUUAUUCUUCCCCUAACAGCAAACACACUGGCUAAACUAUCAAAUGGACUUUGCGAUAACAUUUUGACUAAUAUUGCAAGAGCUUGGGAUUUCAACAAGCCUAUCAUAGUUUGUCCUGCAAUGAACAAUUUUAUGUGGGAACAUCCGAUUACUUUAAGACAAAUAGACACUCUAAAAUCUUUUGGUUAUAAAGUAAUAUUUCCAAUAGAGAAGAAAUUGGCAUGUGGCGAGUAUGGAAUGGGUGGAAUGCAAGAAAUUGAAAAGAUUAUUGAACAAGUUAUUCUUGAACUAAAUCUACCUUCAAAAGCUUAG